AAAGGUUGAUGCAGCAGUGAUCUCCUGUAGUAGCCAAGCAACCUUGUUUGCAGCGCUCUUCCUGUCUUUCAAAACACUUGCCCAAUGAAGAUUUAUUAAGUGCUUAAUUAACUUUCGGAUUUGACCCGAUUUCAACAAUGGUAAAGUAACGCUUCAAGAUUGUAUACUUCUGUUUAUCUUGAAGUAUCUAUCCUAAACACGAUCUCCAACUUCAGAACAAAUUUGGUGUUGCUGUAACACUGACCAAAACAUGAUUUCGCUUCUCGUGAUUUUAUUGGUUCGCUCUGUGAUGUCAUUUCCUCCAAUGGAAAAUCCAAACCUUUUCGAAGGCGAUAUGAUAUUAUCUCCCGAGCAAAUGAGACGCAUCCAAGAUGCUAGUUCUGGAAACAGCUUUGCGGGAGUAAUCUCCAAUCGAUGGCCGUCCACAACAAUUGCUUGGAGCGCUUCCAAGGAAAUAAUACAAAGUUCGAAAGCGAUGAAAGCGAUCAACGCCGCUAUCGUGGAGUAUCACGCCAAAACUUGUUUAAAGUUCGUGCGAAGAACGAACGAGAAAGCGUAUUUUUAUUUCUAUGAGGGCUCGGGGUGUCAUUCAAGAGUCGGCUACUUUGGUACUGUCAAUAAAAUUAGUCUUGCGUCAGAAUGCCAACACGCUCCAACCGCCAUGCAUGAGAUGUUCCACUCUCUAGGAUUUCAUCAUGAGCAAUCCAGAGCUGACCGUGACAAAUAUGUCAAAAUAAUAUGGGAUAAUAUACCUAACGCUGCACGAAAAAAUUUCAAAAAGUAUCCACACAGUCAGUUGGAUUUUCGAGGAGAAGCAUAUGACUAUUUAUCCAUCUCUCAUUAUCGCAAGGAUACUUUCGGUGGUGGCCGCAUGACUAUCAAAACGUUGCAGAAGAAAUAUGAAGAUCUGAUUGGUACAUCCACUCACCUGAGUGCAAGUGAUGUGCGACAAUUAAACGCUAUGUAUCGAUGUAAUGGAAAAGGAACGCUGCCGCCAACUUUAACGCCACCCCCUUCGCGAGCACCAGUAUGUGAGGACGAGAAUGGUUUGGAUUACUGUACACCUCUUUUACGUUAUUGUCAUUCUGGCUCGACAAGCCUACAGAAAGUUUUGAAAAAACAGUGCUAUAAAUCUUGUCAAUAUUGUUAAUCGCGAAGGAUUUACAGAAUCAAAACCUGCAGUAAAUUAACAAAGUUGUCAAUUAUACUGUACUGUUUAUUAUUGUGAUUGCAAAAAAUAAAAAAGUUUAAAAAAAAUUAA